CAGUCGCUUAGUUUAUCGUCAAACCCUUACAACAAAUAAUACAAAAAGAUGUCUAUCUUAAAGAUUGUAGCAGUUCUAGUUUUAAGUCUUAUCUCCACCAUAUCCUGCAGCGUGUUAGCCCCAGCUGUAGCUCCAGUAGCUUUCAGAUACACACAAGUAGCUCCACCUAGUGUCCUACCAUUCUCCGCCCAAGUCAGCACUUUUUCGAGGAACCUCCAUGUUUUCGACGCUCCUUACGCUGCUGGAGUUAUCCCUGGACCUCCUGCUAUCGUUCAGAGAGCUAUUGUUCCACCACCUGCAACUCCAGUGUUUCCAGCUCCUUUUGCAGCACCCGUAGCUCCUUUACUACCUAGAAUAGCUUCUGUAGGACCAGCUAUAGCUCCUGUAGCGCCUUUUUUGCCUAGAGUAGCUCCUGUAGCACCUGCGUUAGCUCCUGUAGGUCCGGUGUUACCUUACAACGGAUUUGGUGGAUUUGUGGGUCCUGUUGGGAGGUCGAUACACGCUGUAGCUCCUGGUUUCGCUUCUGCUCCAUUGUUAGGAUAAGACGUCGGUUUUUAAGUUAUGUUUUUGUUUGUUGUAGAGAGUGUACCUAUUUUUAUUGCAAGUGCCAAAGUACCUUUUAAUGUAUACUUAGUUAUUUUUAAUUUCUAUAGACUGAAUUUGUAGUCUAGUAUGAGUUUACUAUGUAUACAAGGUGUCUCAGAUUUUAAUCGGGAAAUUUUAAUAGACGAUAGAACUUGCAAAAAUAAA